UCCAUUUUAACAUAACUUAAUCGACAUUACGUAUUCUAUACUGUGUCUCUGUAUGCACGGAUAUAUAGUAAAGUUAAAAAUUUUUAUUAAUUCGAACGACCGAAAUAAAAGUAUAAAUCGCAAAGGCAAAGUCGUGAAAGUUUUUUUUAGUUUUGUUUUCCUUCAUCAAAUUAAAAGUGUACAUGGAUUUGGUGGUGUCUUAUUAGGUCUCUCUCGGGUACUCCACUUGUUUAUCGAAAAACAAAUACGACCAACAACAAUGUCAGCUGUGAAUGUGAAACACCGAUGUCUCUAUCAUACAAUUUAAAAAAAAUAUUUUUAAACAACCUGUCUGCUUAUGUGUAAGUGAUUCGAAUGGUUUCGCGUGAUAUAUGGCGGUGUCGUUAACAAAUAAAAUGAAAUAUAUAGAAAAUUCAGUUUAGUUCAGUUACGUGCCAAGUUGGAUGGUGGAAUAUUUUUUUCUGUUUUCAUUUAUAACAUUGUAGCUGUUGAUCUGAAUUGAAAUCACUUGAUUAAUAAACGAACAGAAGGCAUCAAUAGACAUUUUCGUCAAAGGUAACACCAUUAUCAAGUGCAAUGCCAUCCAGCCACAUAUUGAACGCUAAACAAAUUCAAAAUAAAUAAGAAGAAAAAACGGCAGUUUGUUGAAAGCCAACGCAACACAAAAAUUUUAAAAACAAUACAAAACCUCAUUUCCAUCGCUUCGAUAUAAGAUGAAUUUUCGUUGAAACGAAGUAAAAAGAAAAAAAAAUUGAAAAAAAAAAUAAUUUUUUCUUAAAAUAAAAUCGAAAACGAUCAUUCAGCACACACCUUCAAAAUGAUCAGCAAUGUAAAUAUUCAACAGAGCUUCAACGUAUCCGAUCAUGGUAUUGGAAAUGGUAAUCAAGAUGCGAAAAGUGUGUGUGAUAACUACAAUAGUCAGCCAAUAUCAACGUCGUUGAGUACGCCAAUAAAUGAAGCUAAUGUGAUGCAUGUCACCGGCGAUAAUGGCUUUAGCAUAUACGAACGGAGUAUCGAUUUCCAUGCGAAUUUCGGUGGUGAUCAUAAUGUGGCAACAACCAAAGAUACAGCAACACGACUAGUGACCAGUCAGAUCGAACCAAAUUUAUUGCUCAAAAAUGUUAAUAACAACAAUCACGUGACCAGUACGGCAGCAGCCAGAGAAAUCGAAAAUGUGCACAAUUAUUCGAAGAAUUUGUACAGUACCGAUUCGACAUCGUAUAGCCGAAUGAUUGAAAAGAAAUCCGGUCGUAAUUACAACGAUUACGAUGAUGAUGAUGAUGAAGAGGACGAUGACGAUGAUGACAUUGACGGAAAUGGUGACGUUUCGAUGCCAAAUGUUGGCAAAAUUAAUGGUUCUCAGAUUGACGAUAUUCCGACGGCCAAAGGCAAAUUGGAUGAUGAUGAUAAGUCGACGCCCGAUCAUCAUGCACGGCGACCGAUGAACGCUUUUCUGAUAUUUUGUAAGCGUCAUCGAGCUAUUGUUCGUGAAAAGUAUCCGAAUUUGGAAAAUCGAUCGAUAACGAAAAUUCUUGGCGAUUGGUGGGCAAAUUUAGAUCAAGAGGAAAAAUUGUGUUACACCAGCUUGGCAAAACAGUACAAAGACGCAUUCUUCUCUGCAAAUCCAAAUUUUAAAUGGUACAAAUUGCCGGCACCACCACUACGCACCCUUUCAACCCGUCCAGGAAACACGGAUCGUCCACCGUUCAGUUACGCUUGCACUUAUGAUGCCGACAACAUUACAAAUGAUUCAAUGCACCGCACAAACGGCACCGUGCCGAUCAACGAGGAUGCGCCACCAACCAUCGGAACUAAGUCAAAUCGUGGACCAAAUGUAGGAAUUUUCAAAUUAGCCGACGAGACGCAAAUGGGUGGUUUGAACAGUUUGAUGGCCAGUUACGAUUCCAAGUCACUUUCAGGGAACAAUAAUCUAGGCGAACAUGAUGGGGAAUUAGACAAUGCCAUCAAUCCGUCGAAAAUGAAACUAACACCAACAAAUCGAACUGAACCGUUCACUAAUAUGCGAUAUCAUGCUGCCAAAAUGCAAUUACAAAUCGAUAAUCAAAUCAAUUCACAUGGAAACGACACAUCUGCCACUCCAUACGAUUCGAAAAGACCAAUCAAAGAAAUUUCACCAUCAGCUGCCGAUUUCGAAGAUUUUGUUCACCACAAAUUGCUGACGCCGGAAAAGAACAUCUUUUUAGAAGACGAAAACCUAAAGAAAUCGGCCAGAGCAUGCAAAGGCAAAAGAUAUUUGGAAUUUAUGAGCUCCGGUAAGAUCAGUCCAUCAUCGAAAAAGCUGAAAGUUCACCAUCCACACUCACCAACAUCGAAAGCAACAUUUGACAGAGAUUUCAAAGAAUAUCGCCAACAAUACAGCACCGCCGAUCACAUGUACGCCAGCCACGAUGAGUCGCUGAAAAGUGAAUAUCGAAAAAUGGACGGCACUGACAGCACCGGUGCAUUCGAUCCGGCUGACAGUAAACUAUUCGACGCAUCCGAUUUCGAUUUGGAGGAAAAAAUCCGUGCACUGCCCGCCCUAAGUUUGGACAAGUAUCUGUCGCGUAAACGCGAAACGAAAAAGAAGAAGAAAAUCAAUGCAAAGCGUCCGACCACCACCAAAUCACCGCAAACGAUCGGCGAGGCUAAAGAGCGGAUCCGCAUAUCGAUGGUGGGCAGCCAGAAGCGCAAAGCACGCAAAGAGAGCAUCACCCGGCGUGACAUCAAUCACGAAACUAUGGAAACCGUCGGCCUGUACGACAUCGUGGAAUCUCCAAUGGUCGAGGAAAACAUCGCCGCCCCAUUGACCACUGACAAUGCGUCCGAUCUAUUCUUCUUGGCCACAAUUGCUGAAGUUGCAGCUGGUGCUGUGAACGCAACGAUUGGAUCGUCGGCUGAACAAGUUUGAAUUUAUUUUUUAUUGAGAUACGAGCGACUGGUAAGUUAAAUAGUUUCUAUUUUUAAAGAAAAGAUCAUCAGGAUGUAUACUCUGGAACGUAAAUGAACGUGCUACACAACAUUCGUUUGCUAUAUGAAUCGAUUUGAAUUGAAAGAAAUAAGUCAAAAAAACGUAAAGUUUAAAAUAAUAGUCUUCGUUGAAGAGAAAUCAGUUCGUGGUUCGUUAGUUGUAAGGAAGUCAAUUUUUUUUUUAAUUUGUCUCGCAACCAUAUAGAACUUGUCAACCCUUCAACCCACACGCGCAUACACGUAAUUUUUAUGCUAAUCAAUCAAAAUAAUAUUCAGUAAAAAUGUAGCAAUAUUUAAAUUGUAGAGUUGUUAAAUCUUUAGGUGUUCGAAACACACACACACACACACACACAGUAAAUAAAAAAGAAAGAAAGAUUUAUAAUGCAACAACACUCUGGAGUGAUUUGCCUAGGUGUCAUACAUGAUUUAUACAUGCAUACAUACAAACAUAAAGAAGAGAUGAAGAGAGAAAUAUUUACAUUUAAAUUAUCAUUAAAAUUACUAUAAAAGUAACGUUAAAAAUAUAUUAAAAUAUCUAAAAAAAAACAAUUUAGACAACUUAGUAUCGAUCGAUAUAUAUAUUUUGUUAAAAAGAAAAUAUUUUCACACACAAAAAACAAAAAAAUUUUAUUACAACAAUCUAGUGCCUCGAUUUAAACGAAACAAAAGAAGAAAAAAAAAAUUAACACAAGAGAAAGAUAAGAAAAAAAUAUUCGAAAUGAAUUGCAUAGCAAGAAAUAAUAAUUUAUUUUAGAAAGAUCUAAACGUUAUACGUGGUUAAAAUGGUUACAUAUCAACAUCACCUAGGUCUUUUGAUCAACCGGAGUGUACCCUUAGAAUUGUGACUGUCAAUUUUUAUCAGCAAUGUACUAAUUAAGGUCUACACUCCACAGUCCAUUAUAGAUUUUGUGAAAAUUGUUAUCGUUACUACCGCAAAUAUCAAUGUGACAGCAUCAAUUAUUGAGAGUCCUGUGAAUUAGUGCUCAAACCCACAAUCUAUUCACACUUCGACAUGUUUACGUCAUUGACUUAGUGUCAAUUCCAUUUACAUGACAUGCAUCAAAAACCGUAUUUUUUAUGUUUCUAGCACUUCUUUCAGUGCCUCAACAUGUAAAAUCCAAUACAUAACUCGACAUAAAAGUAAAAAGUCUCCAUCGGUUUUGAUAAAAUCUGUUUUCAAUCGAAUUGGAUUUUCAUCGACCGUAGAAAGUAUUGUUUUCGUCUAUUGACCUCGGCUUCGCCUCGGAUCAACAAAAUUAACACGAAAACUCUUCCUUUUAUCCCUUGUUAUGUAAAAUACUGUUCGAUAUAUUUUUUUUUCUAUUCUGAUCAGCAAUUCUGAAUAAUGUCACGAUGUCGAUCCGUUCCUAAGUGAAAAGUGAACCUAACCGGUCUUACUCCUUUGCAUAUGUCAAAACUUUGUGUUCGACAGACAAGAUACAGAAAGGGAAAUCUUACAUUUGCAUUCAAUACAUGAUUGACAAUGUCAAGAUCAAUAGAAAGCUAUUUGUCGGGUCAGGUCAGAUCAGUGCAGAUCAAGUUAUGAGCUUAACUGCGUACUAGAAAGUUUGACCUGGUUUUUUUCUGCUUGACUUGAAACUUCAGUUUUUUGUGCAUAUUUCUACACUUUUUACUUUUCUGUAGAAGACAUUAAAUCUGACGAAUUCGCCUGUAAAUUCCGGUCAAUAUUUAAAAUUACGGUUGCAGGACGUUCGAGAUUAAUCUGAACAAUGACCUGAAAAAUUGAGGUCGGGUCAAAUUUAAUUUUCCUUUCAGUUCUAUAGGACCUGUCGUUGUCGUAAGCUUUUAACUAACGUUGCCUGAUAAAUGUCUACCAGGAUUUUUUUCUAGAAUUUCCAAAACUUUCAGGAAUUUCAAGUAUUUUUUUUGGGAAUUUUCAAAAAUUUAAAUUCUUGAAAUUCUCGAAAUUCUUACUUCGAGAACUUUUAUGAAUUUCGUCGAUUUAAGAAUCAAUUUGACGAACAUAUGCCAUGGUCUACUAAUCAAUGACUGUUCUGUACACAGCUAAGCAAAAUAGAGUUGAUAAAAGACGAUAACGUGGUCAAUAUACGUCUUCUUACGAUUUACGAAACUCGGGAACACGACAUUUACCCGAAAACUGGGAACCGAGAAAUAUAUUCCAACAUCGAGGACUGAUGAGACUCAGUACAGGACAAGUUCGGAUCUACCAAAAUUAAGUCAAUCUCACUGCCGAUACGUUGCUGAUACUGUAGAGGACAUAAUUUCAUGCUAAAUCUCUGAACAGGUCAGCUAUGUCAGCAAAUGUCAGAUAAUUCUAUCACGGAAAUUCGCAUUACACUGUAAUAAGCUAAUCACGUCUGUCGAAUGUUUUAUCGACGUUUCCGUAAAGGAUUGAAGUCUCGAAAAUAGAAUAAUAAGGCACGCAAAAUGAAUGCGCACUGCAGUCUUUUCCUUCAAAUUGAUAAUUAAAUCUUGAGCGUCAGUGUGCUUCACCAACAGAAGUGAUUCAGUCAGUCGACAAUUUCCGCAAUAUGUCCCGGUUAUCGACCACAAAAAAAAGAGUGCAAAAAUAUAAUAAUUUUUCCCAUUAGACCUAGAUGUUUUGAAUGAACCAGACCAGAUGAGGAAAAUUCUAUUGAUUAAGUUAUUAAAAGCGCUUAUGAUUAAUGAAAUUAAGAAUUUAAGAAAUUUUAUGAAACAAAUAAAAAUAAACCAACAACAACAACAACAAAAUCGAAUGGAAUUGAUAGAAUUGAUUAAUAAAAUGCGGUUUCAAAGCAAAAAAAAUAUUCAAUCAGCUAAGAAAAAUCAUUUGCGGAACAAUAUUAAAUGUUUGGAAAAUAAAAUUUGGAAAAAAAAGAAAGAAAAUUUUUGAAUAUACUUGGGAUGGGAUCAAAUUACGAUUGAAAUUUGUCAACAAACAUUGGUAAAAAUGAAAUGAAUUUCAUGAGUAAUUUUUAUGAAAGCUGUGAUUAUUUAUCUAAUAUUUAACAAGAAAAAAGUGAAUUGGAAAAUACUAUAGUUGACGAACGGGUAUGACCACAUUUUAUGAAAGAUAGGAUUUAUAAAUAUUUCGUUGAUUUUUAUCGUUUUUCUUCUUUUUUCUUUGGGUUUAAAAAUUGUCUUUUAAAAAUUUUAUUCAUUUCAUUGAAAUAUUUUGAUUAUUUUUUUUUUCGGUUUGAUGUUCGAUGUUAAAGAGUAUAUGAACGUUUUCGCAAAUAAGUAAAACAAAAA